CAACCCAAAGACACUCUUCUAGUGGUCAAGCCCGGCUCCAAUAGUAAACACUGCAAAAUGGAUCAACAGUUUGUUCAAUCUUUGGAGAACACCUUGUCAAUGGUGUUGCUUCCUGAUAAUGAAGCCAUCAAGCAAGCAACCAACCACUUGAAAACCGAGUUCUUUACCAAGGCUGUCUCUCUUCCUGCAUUGUUUCAAAUCUUGCAGUCCUCUUCCAACGAGGGUGUGAAGAAGCUCGCUUCUGUGGAAGCAAAGAAGCUUGUUCCAAAGUAUUGGGAAGUGCUAGAUGACUCAAUUCAAGAGUCGAUCAGAGGCUCGCUUUUACCUUUUGCUUUCACGUAUCCAAAGGAAGAUAUCAGACACUCGACUUCGAGAUUGAUUGCUGACAUCGCUUAUUCUGACAUUGAAAAUGAAAAAUGGGAUUCUCUCUUGCAGUCUUUAGUUUCAGCAGCAACUGAUGCUGACCAGCAGAGAAGAGAAACCGCAACCUUCAUUUUAUACUGUAUUUUGGAACAGUUGCCAUUGGCCUGGUUAGAACACAGUGCUUCUUUCCUUGAAUUGUUUGCCACCACUUUGCAAGAUUCUCAAUCCCCAGUGGUUCAGAUUAACACUGUUCUAUGUUUGGAAGCUUUGUCGAGUGCCAUUGAUGAAGACGAAAGUUUACUAAACACGUUGGCCACUCCUUUCUCCUCAUUGGUUCCAAGCAUGCUUCAAGUCUUGAAGGCUUCCCUAUCUUACGAUGAUACCGAUAAAACUAAAGAGCUAUUUACCGCAUUCAACUACUUAGUUAUGCUUGACAUGAAACUCUUAGGUCACAAUUUCCUCAAAAUUGUUCAUUUUAUGAUGGAAGUUGCGAUUAACACUGAACUCGAUUCCCAAAUCCGUGGGUACGCAUUAACUAACUUGACUCAAUGUGUUUCCUACAGAAAAUCUAAGAUUGCCCAAGCACAAAUCGGUCAACAAUUAGCUCAAACUGCUUUGCGUAUUGCUGGCGAAGAAGACGAUUCAAUAGAAGAUCAAUUGAGCUCUGAAUCCGAAGAGAAUGAAAACGAAGAAGAUGAACCUAACGCUUUGGCCAUUCGUCUUCUCAACAUCUUGGCUUAUGAACUGCCACCAAACCAAGUUAUUCAGCCUGUUUUGGAAGCAUCGAGUGCCAUGCUACAAUCUUCUAGUGCGUAUGAAAGAAGAGCAAGUUUACUUGCCAUCUCCGCGUGUGUUGAAGGUGGUCCAGAUUAUCUCAGUGUUCAACUUCCAAAAAUCAUUCAAAUGAUUGCUGCUGGCUUGCAUGACUCAUCUAUCAUUGUUCAAGCUGCUGCUCUCAAAUGUUUAGCUAUUUUGGGUGAAUCUUUGAAGGAUAGCGUUGCUGAAUACUAUGCAACCCUGAUGCAACCAAUCAUUACCAUCAUUGACUCCACUGAUAAGAUUUUGGUUUACAAGUUUGCUACAUAUGCCCUAGAUACCUUGAUCGAGUACAUGGCAUCAGAUGCCAUCAAGGAUUAUAUUGAGCCUUUGAUGAACAAACUUUUCCAUAUGUUAGACUCUGCACAAUCUUCUUCUUUGAAGUCAGCAAUUGUCUCUGCCAUUGGAUCUGUCGCAUACGCAUCUGGUAAAUACUUCACUCCAUAUUUCCAAAACUCUAUUCAAUUACUAGAGAAAUUCAUUGCCAACAUGGAUGAAUUAGAAGGUAUGACAGAGGAUGACAUUGAGUUGCGUGCUCAGACAUUCGAAAACAUUUCCUCAAUGGCAAGAGCAGUUGGUAGUGAAGCUUUUGGCCCUUAUGCAGAACCUUUAAUGAAUGCCUCAUAUUCUGCUAUUCAUUGUGACAAUUCUAGAUUAAGAGAAGCAGGUUUUGCUUUCAUUUCCAACAUGGCCAAGGUUUACGGCGAACAAUUCUCAUCUUUCUUGCCAAAGAUUAUCCCCGAAAUUCAAAAAUGUUUGGAGCAAGAUGAAUUCCAGCUCAACCUCGAAGAUGGUGAACCUGAUGAAGAAUCUUUGGCUGAAAACUUGAACUUUGCUUCUGGUAUUUCCACCGAGAAGGAAGUCGCUCUUGUUGCGUUAGGUGAUUUAGCUGUUGGAUCCAAGGGUGCUUUUGCUCCAUAUGUUGAAUCUACCAUUACUAUUUUAAAGCAGCAGAUAAUUGAAUCUUUUUCAAUUGGUGCAAGUUGUAUUAACAUCAUGUGGAAGAUUACCAAAUCCAUGUACGACAUUUAUGGUAACGAUGAAACCGUUGCUGCGUUGAUCAAGACUGUUAGAGAAAACACCGUCGAGUUAAUGAUUGAUGAAGUUGACGUUAACAUGAUCAUUGUUUGUCUUGAUUGCAUCUACGAAUAUGCCAAGGAUAUGGGUAAGAUUGCCAUUGUCGAUGCGGGCGACUCUAAGUCCUUACCAACUUUGUUAGAACAAUUACUACUCAUCUUGAAAAACGAGCAUCCAUGUCAAGAGAAAGAUGAAGACAUGCCAUCCGACGAGGACACCAAUGAAACUGACGCAGUUGUUUACGAUUCAGCUCUGGAAGUUUUAAUUUCAUUGUCUACUGCUCUUAAUGAAGAAUUUCCCCAAAUUUUUGCUCAAUUCAAAGAUUUGAUUUACGCUCAGAUUAACUCUAAAUCUAAGAGCAAGCGUGUUUCCACUCUUGGUUGUCUUGCUGAGAUUACUAACGGUAUGAAAGCUAAUAAUCCUUAUAGUCAAGAAUUACUCGAAAUUUUUGUCGCCAAGUUAACGAAUGAGAAAUCCAGUGAAGUUCGUGGAAAUGCAGCAUAUGGUGUCGGUAUUGCCAUUGAAUUUGCUACUUUUGAUGCAUCUGCUGCAUACCCAACUGUCUUACAAGCUUUGUCCAAGUUGUUGAAUAAGGCUGAUAAAGAAGCACUAAAGAACGAAGAUGGUGAUGAAGAAACUGCUGAAACUAUUAACAGAACUUUCGCCAACGCAUGUGGUUGUGUUGCACGUAUGACAUUGAAACAUGGUGCAGCAGUCCCAGUUGAUGCAAUCUUACCUGUACUAUUUGAACAUUUGCCAUUAGAAACUGGUUUUGAAGAAAAUACUCCAAUUUUCCACCUCAUAAUCAAGUUGUCCAGUGAAGAAAACUCAUGGAUCAACGCAAACAUUCCUGCUGUCAUUAACUACUUUGCUGGAGUAUUCGAAAAGGAAGCUGAGAAAGAUAAGCUGGUUGCAGAAAGCACAUUGGGUAGAGAAGAAAACAUUGAAAGAUUGAAUCAAUUUUCAGACAAUGAAAUCAAGGGCAAGGUUGUUGAGUAUUUGAAAUGGUUGAAUACAAAGAGUAAUGGAGCUGUUGCAGCAAACGCUAUCUUGACUAGCGUGGUAGCUUAAAAGUGCAUUUUGAUUAUUCACUUGUACUUAUAAAACUGUAAUUUUAAUCCAAAGACUCCGCAUUUUCGACUUUCUGCUAGUUUACUUUGAUCUUUAGAUUUUCUCGUAUAUUCUUUUAUAUGAUACCCCGAUUGAUCAUUUUUAUAAAAGAAAAAAGACUGAAACAUAUACGCCACAGUAGAAUCUCACUGAAAGUUUGAUGAUAAUGUUAUAAUUAUAUGACAAGAAUAGAACCAACAAUACAGAAAUAAAUUGGGGACAAAUGUAUAUACAAAUAAAAUAAAUAAGUUAUCUAUUUUUCACUGGUCUUUGGCUUUUAUAAGCUGUUUCUUAGGCACUGUUA